CCGCAAGCCCAUCAGCCUGGGCUGUGGACACACCGUCUGCAAAAUGUGCCUGAACAAGCUGCACCGCAAGGCCUGCCCCUUUGACCAGACAGCCAUCGCCACCGACAUCGAGCUGCUGCCUCUCAACACUGCCCUACUGCAGCUGGUGGGAGGACAGAUCCAGAAGCUACUUGAGGCCCAAGGGAAAGGAGAGAGCUCCUCUCCAUCCACUGAGCAGGCAGCCAUCCAGACACAGACCUCCCCAGGACAACAGACCAAGAGAAGUGUUAGCAUCGCUGUUGGCACAGGUGCUAGUCUGUUCUGGGGCGUCCCUGUCGAUGCCCCUGCUCGCGAUGAGGAGCGCCCACAGCCAGAGUGGCACACCGACACAGGGCCUGGCGCUCCCGAUGGCAGCAGGGCCUCCUCUAGUCGGAGCUCUGGCAGUGCCAGCCUUACCCACAGCAGGCACAUAGAUGGCUCGGAAGAAGAGAGCGGGGUCAGAGAGAGACGGGUGUCAGGCACACCAUCCAACCAGUCAACGCACCAAAGGACUCAGUCAGCAUUUGGAGACUGUUCUUUCCAGAGUCCAGUGUUGGGGGAGAGUGCCAGCAUGUACUACCAGUCCCAGUCUCCACAGAGGGACGGCACCAAGAGUCAGGAGCCCAGGGCGGUGGAGGACGAUCAGCGGUUUUAUCAGGAUCUACUGGGCCAAGUGAACAGCCGUCUCCAGGGAUCAGUGAACGAGGAGGUCAAAGAGGAAGAAGAUCGAAGCACCUCGUACACACUGCGAGAGAGACACAGCUUGUCCCCUAGACAAGUGUCCCACUGUCAGUCCCAGCAGUCAUCCCCUAGCCCUGUUCCCGUCAGCUCCCGGAGGCCGGAGCCCAAAGGGUCAACGUGGACCUGGACUCUGCCGACCCCCGGGGGCAAGACCACGCGCAGCUCUGUAGAGAGUGCCAGUACCCUGGCCGGCAUCAACCCAGAGGCGGUCAUCAGCAGACUGACCCUCCCAGAGUCGAUGGGGACCAGCAUGUGGGGCGGCAGCGUGGACCUCAGCCUGGAGGCCAACGCCAUCGCCCUCCGAUACCUAAGCGACCAGCAGCUCUCCAGGCUCUCUGUAGGGGGAGGGCAACAGCCCCCCGGGGCCCGUCCCAGGUUCAGCCCCUGCACACUGCUCUCAGAGAAGCCCCCAACGGAGAAGAGCGCCAUGGGACAGAGCAGUAUUCUGUCUCCGAACAACAUGUCUUUAGCCACCCGCAAGUACAUGAAGAGAUACGGCUGA